CGAUGGUUUUUGUGAUUUUACCGUGAAAACCGGUGUAUUUUGAAAUAAAUAAGAAUGCGAUUUAAUUGAUAAAACCGUAAAUAUCGAUAAGCAAAGUUUAUCUUCAUCAACAUAAUAAAAAGAAAAAGUCUUAAAAUGGUAUGAAGAUGUCUGAGCCAGAAAUAGUUAAGAAUUUUUAUGGAGUGUAUUUAUUGUACUGUAUUAAUCCUAAAUAUAAGGGUAGAACUUAUAUAGGUUACACAAGAGACCCGAACAGAAGAAUAAUGCAGCACAACAGAGGCACAUGGGCCGGUGGAGCUCAUCGCACGAAUAAUAGAGGACCAUGGAAGAUGACACUGGUUGUACAUGGGUUUCCAAAUAAUAUAUCAACACUGAGGUUUGAAUGGGCCUGGCAAAACCCUAAUAAAACAACAAGACUUCAGCAUCUGAAUCUAAAGAAAAUACCAAGAAAGGAGUCCGAAUUUAAAUUUAAGUUGAGAGUUUUGUCGGAGAUGCUGAAAGUAGGUCCAUGGUAUCGGCUGCCGCUGGUUGUUCGGUGGCUAGAAAAUGACUACUUUGAGGCUUUUCCUCCUGAAAGAAUGCCGCCAAGUCACAUGGUAAUAUGCCACGGUCCAGUAAAAAGUUUAAAUACAAAGAAGUCCAAAGAAAUACUGUCACAAAGUCCAGUGAAUUGCCAAUUAUGUUUUAAAACUAUAAUCGAAUCGGAGAAGCUUACUUGUAUCAAUGACAACUGUGAUUUAAAAGCGCAUAUAACUUGCUUAGCUGAUUUAUUUCUUACUCCUGAAGAGUUUGUUCCCAUUGAAGGCACCUGUCCGCUAUGUAACGUGAGAUUAAAAUGGGGAGAUUUAAUUCAUAAGAUGAAUAAGUAUGAAGUUAAGGCAGUAGAGGCAGUAGCCGAGUGUUGCGAUAAGGCAUUUGUAGACAAUGAUUCUUGGUUCCUUGAUUGUAAUGAAUUAUGACAAAUAUAUUCUAUUUCUAAUA